UCACGGAUAGGCGGCACUAAUAUGCAGCACUGAUAGGCACUGACUGGCACAACCCAUGGCACUGACUGGCACAACCCAUGGGCUGCACUGGUGGGUGGCACUGGUGGGCACAGGUGGGUGGCACUGCUGGGCACAGGUGUGUGACACUGCAGAGUGGCACAGGUGGGUGCACUGCUGGGCACAGGUGGGUGGAACUUGCGGGUGGCACUGCUGGGCACCGUUCAUCAGGGCACUGAUCAUCAGUGCCCUGAUGAUCGGUGCCGAUCCCCGCUCUGACAACUGCCGGUUCUCGGCAGUACUUUCCUCACGAUCUGACAGCGUGAGGAAAGUGCAGCCGAGAACCGGCACUUGC